AUGGAUUACCCAUACUCAACCUUUGCCGCCAGUCGUGGCUACACUUACAGCUACAUCCACCUCACACCGCGAGACUCUUCCAAACCCUACCUGCUCUUCCUCCAUGGCUUCCCGGGCUCCUCGUACGAUUGGCGCCAUCAAGUGCCCUACCUCGCCCAGAGGGGCUAUGGAAUCAUAGUCCCUGACCUCCUCGGCUACGGACGCAGCUCGAAACCACUUGACAUGAACGCAUAUCGUGCGAAGGGCAUGUCAGAAGAUCUCGUGGAGCUGUUGGCGAGCGAGGGAAUCACUCAAGUCAUCUGUGUCGCGCACGAUUGGGGAUCCUUCUUGGCGUCCAGGAUGGCCAACUACGUCCCUGAUCUCUUCCGCAAGAUCGCGUUCCUGGAUGUGGGAUACUCGGCGCCCGGGCAGGGCCUCACCACGCAAGUGAUGGGUUCCGUGAAUGCGUCCAUGGAGAAAGCCAUGGGCUAUGCGUUGUUUGGGUACUUCCUGUUCUUUGACGAGGAGGAUGCUGCGGCGCUCAUGGAUGCCCACGUGGAUUCCGUACAGUCAUUGAUGCACUCCAGCGACAACGAGCUCGCAAAGCAGCACAUGGGCGCUACCGGUGGCAUGAGGCAAUGGCUUAACGAAGGCCGAGUUGCCGAGCGGGAGGAAUGGCUUGAGCCGGAAGCCAUCCAACAUGACCGUUGGCUUUUCGGCAGAGAGAACGGCGGGUACGCCACAGCCAUCAACUGGUACAGAGCACAGCUCCGGGGCUUCAAUGCCGAGGACGACGGCGCAAUCUCCGAGGCGAGCACUAUCCUCAAGCCGCCCGUCCUCCUCGUCACGACCGACAACUUCAUCAGCGCCGCGGCCGAUAUGGCAGGUCAGAUGAAAGCCUCCGCUCCGCAGCUCGAGGUGAGGAAGCUGGCGGCCGGUCACUGGGUGAUGUUGCAGCGGAAGGCGGAGGUCAACGCCAUUCUGGCGGAGUUUGUGGCGGAUAUCCGGUAG